ACGAACACCUUUUUUGAUCUCCUCUUCCCCCUCUGAAAAUACAGACAAACCAAAAAAAGGCUAAAUAACAAAACAAAAAAAAAACAAUAUACUAACAAACAAAUAGUAGAAGCAAACGUAAAAGUAAAAAGUAAAAUAUAGAGAAAAACAAAAUGUGUGCAAUAACUAAAUUCACGCGAAAAAUCCGACAAAAAUUCUCAUUGAAAAAAAAUUAUACUACAUAUAAUUAAGAGGUGCGCGCAACAACACUGUGAGCAACAAAGUAACGGAAAAAUUAAAAAUAAAAUAAACAAAUCAAAAAGUGACAAACACUUUAAAAAUAAGGCGAAUCAUCAAAUAAACAAAAAAUAAUAACAAAGAAUCUUAAAUAACGUGAAACGACAAAGCAAAAUAAUAACGAGGCGUAUAAUUAAUUGAAUACCUUCCACAUUCCACACUAGAUUCUUAUGGCGUAGCGAGUAAGGCAAAUAAAAAAUAAAUGAAAAAUAAAAAAAUUGUGCAAAUAUUCUAAAGUACAUAAAGCAAACCGAAAAUAGUAUAAACGUGUGUAUAGAAAAUAGAAAAGAAGUGUGAAGAAGAAUAGUAAAUUAACUGCAUGGAAAAAUUUUCAAACAAAAUAUUCGGAAAAUAUAAUGAUAGAUAUUAAUAAAAUAGCAAACAGUUUUGAAAAAUUUCCAUCGCUCAAACAAAAAUGUGGUGACCAUGCUGCUGUAUCAGUGCAGCAGCAACAAAAACAACAACUGACCAACUCCAAUAAUAUCACCCACAAAGCAGUAGCAGCAGGAACGGAACCAAAAGCCGCAGCUAAAAACUUGAAAUUAUCAAUUAAAAACACCAAAACAACAACAAAUACUAAUACAUCCAUUGCAAAGGGCAAGGCGGAAGCAGACCGGAAAUUUCCCCUUCUUGGUAGGCGUGCUGCUUCCGUCAGCAGCACGCGCAACAUCAAAGGCGGCAAUAAUAAUAGUAAUAGCAACAACAACGGCCACAAUAAAACUAAUAAUAGCUACGACAACAAUCCGGUGCGCGCCGCCAAUAAGCCGUUCUUUCUGGUACCGCAAUUCCAAGAUCAAAACUUUUUGAAGGAGGAAUGUGAAUUGGCACAUGCGCAAGUUGCACCACCAAACGAACAGAAGCGGCAACAUCAUAAAAGUGGCGUACCGGCCAUUGAUCGUGUAACUGUACACGACGGCGAACUUAAUAAUAUAAAAAACAACAACAAUACCAAUAUUAGUAAUCACAAUAGGUUGAACAGCGUCGACUUGGCCAAAGUUAAUAACAACAUCAACAUCCGCAGCAACAAUUCCUAUUCUAUAAACUGCAUUAUCGGUGGCAAUAGUCGACCAAAAACAGCAACAGCAGCGUUGGCGGCGGUAACAACUAAUGGCAUGCGACGCAGCGGUGGCGUCACCGCCAACCCUAGCGUCAACAUCAGCCAGCAUCAUCACCAUCACGUCAGCUCAGCGUCUGCGUCAGCGGCGGUGGCGACAACAACGACGACGGCGACGGUGGCGUCGACACUAAAUGCCACUUCGUCAAAAAGUGCCGCAAUUGAUACCACCGUCCACAAGGUCGACAUUGUUUUCAAUAAUCGGCUGCAGAAUCAAUCGAACGGCAGUGGCCGUUUUAUUGCGUCCAAAAGUCCGAAACAGGCGCAGCAGCAUAUGUUCAAUGUUUCGCGUCCGCUCACCAGUACAACACUAAUCGCUACAACAACAGCGCGCACAACACCAACAACCACCACAGUUGGUGGUGGCGUAUCUGCGGUGCCAGCGACUAAGCUAAGUAACGGCCAAAUUAAAUUGGUGCGUCCGCUAGUGCACCGCACCAUUCCAUCGACUGCGGUGGCUGUUGUGAACGCCGCGGCAACGCGCGACAACGUAAACGCUUACUCCAAUAAGCUGUUCAAUAGUUACGGAAGCAACAGCAAUCGUUUUAGCAAUAAUAACAAUAAUAAUAAUAACAACGGCGUUGGCGUCGUCGGUAACGUCAACGUGAACGUCAACGGCAGCAAUAAUAAUAUUUGUAGCAAUAGCACAGGAGGUAGUGCCAACGGUGUCAACGGCAUGCAGCAUACGCUAGAGCACGACGAUAUUAAGUAUAUAGAUAGCGAUGACGCGCCGACUACGAUGGCACAUGCUUCCGCAGCCACUGCCACUACAACCACAAGCGGUGGCGCGCAGUCGGAGCGGAAAACGCAACUGCGUUGUGAGCAGUUGUGUUGUCAGCAUACCAAUAGCGCGACGCCUGCAACAGCCACGCUUGCAAGUGCUGGUGGUAGUGGUAGUGGCAGUGGUGGUGCGCCACUCAAGUCGCGCAUGCGUCCUAAAUCGACCAUUAUAUGUUCAACAAGCAAUCUCGUUUUCGAGAAAAUCAACAACUACAAGUAUGCCAACGGCAGCGCUGGCGGUGGCGGCAGUAGUGCGGCCAAGUUUGUCGCCGAAGCAGCUGCAGCGCGCCGGCAUGAGCUCCGGCACAGCAUCGAUUCAAAUAGUAUCAGGGCCUCCAUAGAGAAGUUCGACAGUUUUAGCGAGCAUAAACGCACUGGAGUCGAUCAAGUGACUCUGCGCUCACAUGGUGGCAGCGGUAGUACCAGUAAUUUACAGCAUCACCGCCAUAGCGGCAGCGAAUUUGAUCACGCCACCGGUAGCGGCAGUUUACUGAGACUAGCGCAAAGCGGUGGUGGUUCGUUAACAAGAGCGCCCUACCGUACGGUGUCGCCUUCGCCAGCAUCAGCCUGUAAAGUAACUGCCACAAUGCAUGGACCGGCGUUGGCGGCCUGUUCGACUGGGUCGUCUUCAUCGUCCACACGCACCAUGAAUAGUAGUAGCUGCGCCAGCAGCACUAAUAGCUUGCCAAUGAAAAGUGUUGGGAGUGUUGUUGCUGGCACAACCACAGCUGCUGCCGUUGCCACCAAUCGUCAUCAAGAAGUGUCGCUUUUGCGUACGUCGGAACGCACCGCUCCUACCGCGUUGUUGCAUAACAAAGAUGCAGCGCCACCAACAAAGCAGGCGGAGGCGAAAAUGAUGAAUGGCGAUGUGAAGAAGUGUGCGAACGCGGAGACGAACGGUGUGUGCGAUGGCGCCGCCGGAGAUGUCGAAAGUAUUCGCAGCACAGCCCUCAGGAGUAUACCUCCACCGCCACCGUCGCCUACAGCAUCACGUUAUUGGGACCGUGAUAGUCGCACAACAACAUCAUCUGCGCUCUCCUCGUCCCCAUCGUCGACGACCAAUUACAUAGACGAUGUGAGCAAGUCGAAGUCGAGCGAUGAAAAUAGCGAAGGUUUGUGCGGGCUGAGAAAUAUCGGAAAUACUUGUUUUAUGAACUCUGUCAUUCAGUGCCUGAGUCACACAAGCGAAUUAACGAAAUUCUUGCGAACAUAUAAUGGCUCACGUUCCGCAAGUUCGAAGGAUCAACAAAUCUUGCAAGAGUUUGCUAAACUGAUACGCGAGAUGUGGACCAGCAAUGUGCAUAGUGUCACGCCAAUGGACCUGAAGCGCGCAUUUUCCACCAAACAUCGCAUGUACAGUGACUAUAACCAGCAGGAUGCACAGGAGUUUCUGCGUUUCUUUCUUGAUUCCCUGCAUAGCGCGCUCAAUUCGGGUGUGAAAGGCGAACAUUUGAAAAUCGACGAUAACCUUAGCGACAAUAAAAAGGCCGAUCUAACGUGGGAAUGGUACUCCCGCCACGAAAACUCUCUCGUACGCGACCUCUUCGUCGGCCAGCUAAAGAGUACAUUACGCUGUACCACCUGUGGCAAUACGAGCGUCACCUUCGAUCCGUUUUGGGAUUUGAGUGUAUCGUUGCCGUCAUCGUCGCGUUGCAAGCUAGAAUCUUGCCUCGAUUUAUUUAUACGCGAAGAGGUAUUGGAUGGCGAUGAAAUGCCAACCUGUGCGAAAUGUCGCCAACGAAGAAGAUGUACGAAAAGCUUUACCAUACAACGAUUUCCCAAAUACUUGGUUAUACAUUUGAAGCGUUUCUCGGAGACUCGUUGGAGCAAGUUGUCUAACAUUGUCGAAUUCCCGACUGGUGAACGAGAAUUGAAUAUGGCCUCAUACGGAUCGAACCCCAAUACGAAUAUAUACUAUUCACUGUAUGCGAUUUCAAAUCAUAUGGGUUCAACCGCUGGUGGUCAUUACGUGGCGUUGUGCAAACACCCGGUCUCAAGAAAGUGGCAUGAGUUCAACGAUAAUAUUGUAAGCGAUACGCUGUCCGAAAAUAAUCUAGUUUCAUCCAGUGCCUAUAUACUGUUCUAUGAGCGAGCGUAAGCAAUAAUACUCGCCUGUUAAAAAAAUAGAAACAUACACACUCACACUCUCACACACAACCACUUUCGCAUCUUAUGUCUUAUGUACAAUCGCCAAAUGAGGACACAUCUACUAACAACAAACCUGUACCUUAGAAAAACGGAACUGGCCAUGGACGCUGCUACAACAAAACAUAAGAAAAGAGUGCAAAAGAAUGGCAAACAUAAUGGAAAAUAUUAUAGGAAUGCUUUGAACAAUACAAGAGCGUUUGGUUGAAAGUAUGGUCGCCACGGUUCAACAAAGGCCCUUAAUAAACAACUCAACUCGCAUCUAAUCACCCAUUUAACAAACUGCUACUUAUCUACUCCAAUAUAACCUACUCUUAUUUUUUAUCUUGUACUAACGUCCAUAUACUACCAUGCAUGCAUACAUAAUUACUACUAAAACACAUUUCUAAAACUAUUUAUGAUACUAUCUAAUACUGCAGAAAAUACUAUCCUACACUAAUAGCAUAUUUUAUAUGCGAAAAAAAAGAACCUAAAUCAAACAAAACAGUUGCAAAAAGACUCCGUUUCCUACUACAACUACUCUACACUUGAAACUAUGACAAAGAAAAAUCAUACAGCGUGCAACUUGUAACACAUUUUUCUCUUAAGUAGUUGGUUGGAGUACCAACAAUGUGACGAUGAUGAUUUUUACAAGCCAAAAUUUGUAAAUCUCUACGUGUAAAUGUGCAAUUUUCGAUCGAGUCCAAAGAUAUAUACAAAUAUGCAUAUAAUAUAUAUGUAUAUACAAUAUGUAUAGAUACUGUACUUGUAUAAAUGUAAAAAGGAACAAAGCAAAAAGAAAAAAAUAUGUGCUGAUAUACUAAAAAUAGUAAAGAGGGAAAUUAAAUCAAAUAACAGUGUGUGCAAGCGAUUAACUAAAAGCGAAUCGUUUUAUGUAAUAAUUGGAUUUAUUUUUUAUAAGCUUUGUGUAUGUGUGUAUAUGCUUGGACACUAAAGGAAAUAAAGUCGUAUAUAACCAUUGUAGAAGUCGACUCUAUUUCGUUUAUUGGUGGGGCUCUGUAGAUAGUUAUGUACAUGUGCAUGUAUGCAUAUUAGACAAAAUUGGUUUUAUUUUAAGUGUUUGAAUUUAUAUUUAGUUUUUAAACGAAAUGUAGUAACACUUGAGUGCGCUUUGUUUUUAUUACUAAUAAACAAUAAUGUGAAAAAUAA